AUGUUGGAAGGGACUACGUCAAAGUGCAUUGUGCAAUAUGAGAUUGGGCCACUUCCUGUUCCACCGAUCGUGCAGAGUGACACCGAGCUUCCCCCAGGCGCCUGGGCUGAAUAUGCGCUCACUCUCCCGUGGAGUGCUGCAAGACUAGGCACCCACGUGCGAACCGACCUAUUGGCCAUCCUCCGCGGCCACGAAAUUCAGCGUGAGCUGGUAAUCCGCACCAUUAUCCCGUGGAACGCCCGCCGGUUUGACAUCGAACUCGGAGCGACUAGUGCCCGUGCAGAGGCCGCGUUCAUAUUUAUGACCGGCCAGGUUAUAGAGGUCCCGUGCACAUAUUGCCAAGAGCUUAAGGGGAUUUUCCCCUUAUGCGUUCGAAGCCGGGAGCGCGGCACCCCAGGACAGUGCGCCAAUUGCUGGUGGUCUGGUCGCGGUUGCUCGCUGCAGGCCUCCACUCAGGCCCUGGCCGCUAGCGCGGCGUUCUUUCAAUCUCCCUCGCAAGUCCUUAAUACCCCCCAAGUCCGCCGUGCACUUCGUGACCAUACUCGACCCCUCUCCACGGCCACUCAGCACCUCCAAGCCGUUGUACAAAACCCUACUAGCACUCCCCAGGAGAUUCUCGCUGCUAUUCAAAAUGAAAUUGCCCAGGUGAAUGGAUUCCUCUCGACCUUCCAGUAG